CCGGCCCCGGCUUAAUCGCUUUUCCUGGCGGCUCGUCAGCGCCCCCCUCCCCUAAAGUCGGGCCCGGUGUCGGCUCACCCCGCUCCCUGACGCGGAGCUCCGGCGUCCGGGCCUCGCAGAAGCCGCCCGAGGUGGCUGCGCGGCCUUCUAGAGCCCUGGUCCAGCCCCCUGCUCACCGAAGCGUGAUCCUCUUUUCUGUCCCAAAGAAUUCGGCCCAACAGCCUCCCGCGCCCUCUACUGGCGUUUCUGUUUGGGGGUCUCUGACUCCCUGGGCGGAGAUCCCGCUCGGGUCUCCGGUCAGCAUCAGCCACUGGAACACCGAGUAUUUAUUUUACUGUUAAUCCGCAUCUUGCCAUCUCUGUCCCUUCUCCUCUCCAUCGGCUCCGCUUUAGGGGCAACGUCAUGGUUCCUGUAAGCGCGCUUUUAGCUCCUAAGGUUCUUGCUUUUCCAAAUCAAGAAGACAGUGCUCGAAACCAGGGGACAUCAGCCAUGCACCAAACAACUUGGCCUCAGAGCUUGACCGGGGCCACGUUGUUUCAGGAGCCAGUGACCUUUGAAGACGUGGCCGUGUACUUCACCCAGAAUCAGUGGGCCAGCCUGGACCCCAUGCAGAGGGCCCUGUACCGCGAGGUGAUGCUGGAGAAUUAUACGAACAUGGCUUCCCUGGCAUUUCCAUUCCCCAAACCUGUUCUGGUCUCCCACCUGGAGAGAGGGGAAGCGCCAUGGGGCCCAGAUCCCUGGGAAGCAGAGGUUUUGAGAGGCAUCUGUCCAGGUGGCGAGUCCCGGAUCAAGAACGAAGAGCCGGCUGGAAAGCGGGAAGCCUCUGAAGAGGCAGAGUGGCACAGAAUGCCAGGAGGAGGGCUUCUCAGAAACGUUUCCCAGCACUUUGACUUUAAAAGCAAGGCGACAUGGCAGACUUUCAGCCUGAAUCCGAAUCUGAUACUUCGGGGGGGAAUGAAGUUCUAUGAGUGUAAAGAAUGUGGGAAAAUCUUCAGGUACAACUCAAAGCUGAUUCGGCACCAGAUGAGUCACACCGGGGAGAAGCCCUUCAAAUGUAAGGAAUGCGGCAAAGCCUUCAAGUCCAGCUAUGACUGUAUUGUCCAUGAGAAAAACCACAUCGGAGAGGGGCCCUACGAAUGCAAGGAGUGCGGCAAAGGUUUGAGUUCCAACACGGCCUUGACACAGCAUCAGAGGAUCCACACCGGAGAGAAGCCGUACGAGUGCAAGGAGUGUGGAAAGGCCUUCCGCAGGAGCGCAGCGUAUCUCCAGCAUCAGAGAUUGCACACUGGGGAGAAACUCUAUAAAUGCAAAGAGUGUUGGAAAGCUUUCGGCUGUAGGUCACUCUUUAUCGUCCACCAGAGGAUUCACACAGGGGAGAAGCCCUACCAGUGUAAGGAGUGUGGCAAGGCCUUCACUCAGAAGAUAGCUUCCAUCCAGCAUCAGAGGGUCCACACCGGAGAGAAGCCCUAUGAAUGCAAGGUGUGUGGGAAAGCGUUCAAAUGGUAUGGCAGUUUUGUUCAGCACCAGAAAUUGCACCCCGUGGAGAAGAAGGCCGUCAAGGUUCUUGGGCCAUCCCUGAGGAGUCCCCAGUGCCCCCCUUCAGCCUUAUCUGCUGUUCCUCUCCAGGGCCCAUGUUCUGCUCCAGCCGUGGCCAUGCCUUCACUGACCUUUCCACAUGCUGUGCUCGUCCCUACCUCUGGGCCUUUGUUCAUGCUACUGCCCGCAUCCGGAAUGCCUUCCUCACCUGUCCAAAUAGUGCGUGUCUUCCAAGGCCUUCCUCCCCCUGUGAAGCCUUCCCCAGUUAUUCUGACCCCUUCCCCACACCCCUCGUGAGCUUUAUCUCGGCACCCUUGAGGCUCUUAGGCCCAGCACAUCUUCAGCCUCGCUUGUUUUGUUUGUAUUUUUUUUCUCUGUUUACAUGCAUUACAGUUGUUUCGGCAUAAACUCCAUUGUAAUCUAUAUAUAUUGAAAGACUAUGUUUGUAGAUCUUUCCUCGGGUAGAAAGUGUAACCACUUGGCUUUUGCACUGGUCUCUUUCAGGCUUUCACAGUAAUGGCUGGAUCUGCACUGUGAGGGUGCUGAUGUUGGAAGUGCUGGUAGGACACUUUGUUGCAUUAGUGUCUGGGAGAGAGCCCCUCCCCCGCACCCCCCGCCCCUGGCUAGGUCAUUGUGAUUGGAGCCAGGCAGCUCCGGGGAAGCCAGGAGGCUGCCAGGAACUUGGGGCAGGCUGGGAAGAGCGCUGGGAUCUGCUUCCAGCAGCGGACUCGGGAAUUAAUGCAGAUUGCUCAGAGGGCUAAGGUGGUCCAUUAACAGAAUUGAGAUUAUGUUGCCCUCCGCGCGGGUCAUUGAGCGUCUCCUGUGUCUGUGCAAAAGGUCAUGUGUAAUAACCAGUGGAAAACAACGGUGUGUGUGCAGUAAUAGCGAUCAUUUAUGUGACUGAGAGCAAUCAUGUCUUUAAACACGAAACAGUUUUUUUUUUUUUUCCCUGUAGUUUUGCUCUGGAGAUCUAGAUGUUUCUUUUUAACUUUUCCUAAGUAAAUAUACACCAAGGUAUUCGUCUUC